AGCACAGCAUCCUCCGUCGUUGAUUGAUGUGUGUAAAAAUUUUCGACUGGAGGGCGUAGAUUCGUGUGCAGUCAUUUUAGGGAGCAUAGUAAGCGGUACACUGUUUAGUGAGUUCGGAAUCGCGACGCAUACGACCGAGGAUUGCUUGGACGAGUUGGCAAGGGUGUAGCAAGCGAACGCAAAAUGGCACAGGAGAAGAUUACCCUGGCCGAUGCGCUUUCCAACGUGGAAGUGCUAGAUGAGUUGCCCCUGCCGGACGAGCAGCCCUGUAUCGAAGCGCAGCCUUGCUCGGUGGUUUAUCAGGCCAACUUCGAUACGAACUUUGAGGAUAGGAAUGGAUUCGUCACCGGAAUUGCCAAGUACAUCGAGGAAGCAACCACUCACGCUAAUUUGAAUCAACUGCUAGAUGAAGGCCAGAAGCAUGCGGUCAUGCUGUACACCUGGCGGUGCUGCUCCCGGGCAAUCCCGCAGCCCAAAUCUAAUGAGCAACCGAAUCGGGUGGAAAUUUACGAAAAGACUGUGGAAGUCCUUGCUCCGGAAGUGAAAAAGCUGCUCAAUUUCAUGUACUUCCAGCGGAAGGCCAUCGAGGCGUUUUCCGGAGAGGUCAAACGCUUGUGCCACGCCGAGAAGCGCAAGGAUUUCGUCUCGGAGGCGUACCUCCUGACGUUGGGCAAGUUCAUCAACAUGUUUGCCGUGCUGGACGAGCUGAAAAAUAUGAAAUCCAGCGUGAAGAACGAUUACAGCACCUACCGGCGAGCUGCACAGUUUCUAAAAGUAAUGAGCGAUUCCCAUACGCUCCAGGAAUCGCAGAAUUUGUCCAUGUUUUUGGCCACGCAGAACAAGAUCCGGGACACGGUCAAAGAUACGUUGGAGAAGAUCAUGGGCUACGAAGACCUGCUCUCGGAUGUGGUCAAUAUCUGCGUGCACAUGUACGAAUCCAAGAUGUACAUGACCCCGGAGGAGAAGCACAUGCUGGUGAAGGUGAUGGGCUUUGGGUUGUUCCUGAUGGAUUCGGAGAUCUGCAACAUCAACAAACUGGACCAGAAGAAGAAACUCCGCUUGGAUAGGAUCGAUCGGAUUUUCAAGAAUUUGGAAGUGGUGCCGCUGUUCGGGGAUAUGCAGAUUGCACCGUUUAACUACAUUAAGAGGAGCAAGCAUUUCGAUCCGAGCAAGUGGCCACUGUCCAGCUCGCAGGCCAUCAGUCCGCAGGCAGACUUGAUGGUGCAUUUGCCCACGAUCAGGGAGGACCACGUGAAGUACAUUUCGGAGCUGUCGCGGUAUAGUAACGAGGUGACGACGACCUAUAAAGACAACGCAACCGAUGCAGAAAACAAAGCUACGGCCGACCUCGCCCUGCGAGGUCUCCAACUGCUCUCCGAGUGGACCUCGGUCGUCACCGAACUCUACUCGUGGAAGCUGCUCCACCCCACGGAUCACCACCAGAACAAGGAAUGCCCGGUGGAAGCGGAAGAGUACGAGCGCGCCACCCGAUACAACUACUCGGACGACGAAAAAUUUGCCCUCAUCGAGGUGAUCGCCAUGAUCAAAGGCCUCCAGGUGCUGAUGGCACGAAUUGAAACCGUUCUCUGCGAAGCGAUCCGCCGAAGCAUUUACGCCGAACUGCAGGACUUUGUCCAGUUGAUGUUGAGGGAACCGUUGCGGAAAGCGGUCAAGAACAAGAAAGACCUGAUCCGGUCGAUCAUCAUGUCGGUGCGGGAAACCUGCGCCGACUGGCAGAAGGGAACCGAACCGGCGCAUGAUCCGGCGCUCAAGGGAAAGAAAGACCCGGACGGAGGUUUCCAGAUCGGUGUUCCGCGGUUGAAUGUGGGUCCGUCGUCUACGCAGUUGUACAUGGUGAGGACCAUGCUGGAGUCGUUGAUUGCCGAUAAGUCCGGGGGUAAGAGGACGUUGCGGAAGGACAUCGAUGGAGCUUGCCUGUUGCAGAUUGAUGCCUUUCAUAAGCUGUCGUUCUACUGGACGUUUUUGUUGAGCUUCAGUGAAACGUUGCAGAAGUGCUGUGAUUUGUCACAGCUGUGGUAUCGCGAGUUCUACCUGGAGAUGACCAUGGGGCGGAAA